CCAGUGUCGGAUAAUCAUUGUAGAACCAGAUUGUACAGCUUAAACAUGAACUGCCUGAAGAUCUGCGGCUUUGUAUUUGCUCUAAUUGCGGCCCUUACGACGGCGGAGGCUGCUACCCAAGUGCUGAACGCUGGCGGCCAUACCCUCAUCCAAACGGACCGUACUCAGUACAUACGCAAAAACUAAAUGGAACUAAUGAAAUAACACAAAUAAAUAGUACUUAAAUAUGUGAAACA